AUGAUUACUCGAUUACGGUCGUGGGUGACGUGGUCAUGGACUUAUUUGUGGGCAUUAUGGUUCUUGUUGGUAAUUGCGUUGGUGUACAUCCUACGUGGUCCACUUCAUAUCACUGAAUCUCUCGAAAGCGCUUCCACCUAUUUCAAUAACUUAACGCCCAAAUUUUACGUUGCAUUGACGGGAACAUCGAGCUUGGUGUCUGGCAUUAUAUUGAUUUUCGAAUGGUGGUAUUUUAAAAACAAUUCUGGUGAUAAUGGUACGGGUAGUGAAGAUGGCAGUGACAACGAAGACGGUAUUGAAUCAGCCAGCCGAAAGUGCAAAGUUUGGCGAAAUCCAACUGCCUUAUUUCGUGGCGCAGAAUAUCAAAGGUUUACAAAAAUGACAGGAAAAGAACCGCUUACAUAUUACGAUAUGAAUUUGUCAGCUCAGGAUCAUCAAAAUUUUUUUACAUGUGAAGCGGAUGCGGGAAGACAAGACUACGAAAUAAUGCAAGUGGCAUGGCGAGAGCGUGAUAGUUAUUCGCGGAUUAAUGCAGCAUACAAAGCAUUAGAAAUCAACCCUGAAUGUGCUCCAGCGUUAAUAUUAUUAGCAGAGGAACAAUGUCAAACGAUUACCGACGUAGAACAAACAUUGAGGCGAGCGUUGAAAGUAACAGAAGCGAAUUAUCGGAAAUUCCAAUCACAAGUGCACUAUGAUUUAGCUUCGGAUCCAGGACACAGGCGUGAUGUCAAUUUGCUAGUUUUCGUACGCCGACGACUGGCUAUGUGUGCACGACGACAAGGACGAUUACGAGAAGCAGUCAAAAUGAUGCGAGAUUUGAUCAAAGAAUUUCCGAUGCUUAAUGUAAUGAACAUUCAUGAAAAUUUGAUUGAAGUGCUGUUGGAACAACAAGCUUAUGCUGACACUCAGGCUGUUCUAGCUCGAUAUGAUGAUAUUAGCUUACCGAAAUCUGCUACUAUAUGUUUCACAUCAGCCUUAUUAAAAGUGAGAACUGUCGCUGAUAAGUUCACGCCAGACUUCGUAUUGCGCCGUGGACUAAGUACUGCAGAAUUGAAUGCUGUUGAUGCGAUACAUCGAGCAGUUGAAUUUAAUCCUCAUGUUGCAAAGUAUCUGUUAGAGCUGAAGCCACUAAUAUUACCUCCAGAACAUUUAUUGAAGCGUGGAGAUUCAGAAGCGAUUGCCUAUUCGUUUUGGCAUUUGCAGCACUGGAAGCGAAUUGAUGGCGCCCUUUCAUUGUUACAAUGUACUUGGGAAGGAACAUUUCGACUGCUGCCAAAUCCUCUCGAAAAGGGACAUCUUUUUUAUCCUUAUCCAUCGUGCACGGAAUCUGCUGAUAGGGAACUUUUACCGUCAUGGCAUGAAGUAUCAGUGUAUCCAAAGCGUGAUUUGCCAUUCUUUACUGUACUUACAGCUUUGCUUUUCUUCAUCACUAUAGUUUUGGCCAUUGUCACCCAUCAGUAUCCAAAGGAAUUCAUACAACCCUUGACUUCGAUUGUGAAUUUAUUCUUUGGUGUUAUUGACAGUAUUUACAGUCUUGUCCCAGAUAAUGUUAUUAAUCUUCUCGCAUCAAAACCGGUCGUUUUACCUUCUAGUGAUUCUAUUAAUUGA